AUGUCCUGCUGGCAUGAAUCGGGGUGUAAGCGACCAGACGUGUCGAUUGCCGGCGGCAUUCCAUGCUGCAACUACUGCUUUGCGAUUCCACUAUUGGAGGACGAGAGUAACGACACCAUUGACUUGUCUGCUUACCAACCCCCUGAAGUGGAAGACGGCGAAAAACUGAGUCUUUCCUGGCCUUCUGUUGUCGACUACACUAGCAGCAAGCACUCUCAUUCGCUGCCCCCUUCUCAGGAUUCUCUUCCUGUGGACACACGGUCAUCACUUUCCACAGAGGGUAGGAUGAUAGACGAGGAUACAUAUAUGGAACCAGAAUCUCCAAGUACAAUACAUUCCGACAUCAUAUCACACCGUGAUGUUCGUCUUCUUCGGUUGAGAUCGGGCUUACCCGAUACUCCGUUACAUGCCGAUAUCGAGAUAGUGAAUCUCAGCGGCCUCUCACCCCCAAGAUACGACGCGUUGUCAUAUAGUUCUGCACAAGAUCCUAAGGGGCACUGUCCGGUGUUUUUGGGUCCAUACUGGAACAUCGUAUAUGUGACGCGGGGUUGUGAAAAGGCACUUCAGGCUGUAAGAGAUUCGAAGUCUGAUCGAUUGCUUUGGGUGGACCUUUUGUGCAUCAAUCAAAAUGACUUGGAGGACAAAACAGACAAAGUGGGACUCAUGCAUGAGAUCUACUCAAAGGCGUCUAAAGUGGUGGCUUACGUUUGUGACGAGUCACCUGAAACGCAGAUGGCACUUGUAUUUCUCCAGGAACUGAAAACAGCCGAGAAAAUUACACCUAAGGAUGUCAUACCUAUCGAUCUAGAAACCCGACGCAGUUUCCAGCUUUUAUUUGAAAAGCCGUUCUUCUCUAGAGCCUGGGUGGUCCAGGAACGUCUUCUAGCCAAGGACUGGGAAAUUUUCUGUGGCAAGCAUUCCGCAUUUUGGCCAUCAUCACUCUCUGGAACAAAUUUAUUGAACGUUCAUGCCCCGGCGUGGGUUGUUAAGAAUCCAUCAUGGUACGGAUUUACUGGGCAAGAUCUGCUACGCAUAUUACUCAAUGCAUCACCGUACAAAUGCUCAGAUCCACGGGAUAAAAUAUUUGCAAUACUUGGAUUAAUAUAUCAGAAUGAUAUUACUCCAGAUUAUCGAGUUCCGGUAGAAUCCGUCUAUACAGGAAUUACUGCAUAUAUGAUCCAGCAUUGUCAGACUAUGGACGUUCUAGCACUAGCUGGAACAAAAGAAAAGACAUUCAAUGUACCAUCUUGGGUUCCGGAUUGGUCCCAGAGUUUGACAUUGUCGUUCCCAAGAGACCUUUUGCGCCUGCAGGACGAGAAAAAGCUCGAGUUGGACUCCCAUGAUCGUACUAUACAGCGCUCAACACCCUUGAUAUUCAACAAAAUGUUGUGUUUUGACCAUCAGAUCCAAAUAAACGGUGAUUCGCGGUCUAUUCGACUUUUUGCCAUCAGAAUCUGUGAUAUCGUUGGAACUAUAAACCGAUUCAAUGAUCAUACCAACGUCAUUAUUUCCAGAGGAAAUCAAAAGAAUCUGGUAGGAUUGCAAGGAAAUUUGAUCGUUACUAUCCCCGGUCUAUCUUAUCAGAUAUCAACGGACCACGUUUUUCUUCUAAGUGGAUGGGACCACCCUGUUAUACUUCGAAGCAAUCGAGAUUCGGGCUCUUAUUCACUAAUAUCCGUCUGUCUUUUAUCGAUUGGCUCGCCUGCAUCACGGACGUCGCUUAUGCCCAUCAGCCGCAGUUUAACAUCUUCCGUCAUAACUGGAUAUGAAAUAUCAAAUUUUUCAUUAGAAGAGGAAAACCUUAUUCUACAACUGCACUCCCGCUUGGUAGAACUGUACAGCAUUCCUACAUCUACCACAAUCGAGGCCACUGCAAUCAUUCCUCCAUAUUCCGCCGUCAAAGACCACAUACUGACUUUCAGUCUGUUGACAUCUACAUCUUUACGAGAAAUUGAACAUAGGCUAAAGCAAGAGUGGGAGCAGUUGAGCUUAAAACUAAGAUGGAUGUUCCUUGACCAGGGCGCUAUCCAAAGGCUAGUGCAGGAGAUUAAUCAAGGAAAUGUUGGACAGCCAUCAGGCGAGGGAAAGAUCCAUUUGGAGCCCUAUGAAGACAUAUGGUUCAUAAAAUGGUGUGGCGUGGAAUUUGAAAGAACUUAUAGGUGGGAUUUGAAACAAUUUUGUUGUUCAUUCUUGCCAUUGAAUGCUCAAAACCAGGGAACUACGACACAUGUUUUCUCUCCUGUGUUUGAUGAAAUGAAAUCACAGUUGCAUGAAAUCAAAAAUUGGGCUGCAAUUACAGAGCAGCUAUUUCUAGUUUUUGAAUACUCGAGGAUAAUUUUGAAUCAUACCUCGAUUCCAUUCCCCGGCAUUCACAUGCGGCAGAAAUGGCACAACCAUUACGGAAAUUUCCGUCGUGUUAUCGCAGAAAAUUCAACAUCGGAGCAACAAAGGCAGGAAACCCAACCUUCAUCCAUUAACCAAAAAUGGGAUUGGGUUGACUUUGAGUCUCACUUUAAUGCGAGGAACAGCGUGUGGGAGCAGAAAUUGCCUCAAAUGUUAGACCCCAAGAAUAACAAAACAAUGGCGGUUCAUAUGAUGCUAAAGGCAUUGGAACUGAAUAUAUACCAUGAUCAAAUAGUUGAACUGGUAUAG